ACGUUGGUCACCGUUCCACGCCCGCCAACGUUGACGCAGACGCUGCCAUCAUUUGGCACGUCACUUGUGGAUUUCCAAUGGAGCCGCGGCAAGGCAUCUACCUCUACGUGGCCGAGACGCCCGAGACAACGCCGCGUCAAAACCGCCGGUCGCUGCACGGCACAGGGUCGUCGUCGUCGGCCAACACGACGCCGGGAGGUCGGCGCCCCCCGCCCCCCGAGCCCACGGGCGCCCGCACCGUCUUCACAUCGCCGGGACCGCGCACGGCAUCGCCGUAUUACAUGCACGAGCUUCUGCCAUCAACACCCGAGACGCUUCGGCUCCAGAACGCACCGUCGGCCGACGUGAUUCUCGAAGAGCCCGAGAAGGCCAUGAUGCCCACGGCCGUGCAAGCGAGCUACGACUACCGCGCCAAGACGACCUUUAUUGGGACGAUCGCCGUCAUCAUUGGCGCCUUUGGUGGCACGGGCCUCGGCCUCCUUCUCUCCCACUGGCGCAUUAGCCAAGACGCGAUACUGUGGGUCUCGCUGCCCGGCAACCUCUACAUCCGCGCGCUUCGGUGUCUCAUCGUGCCCAUGGUGUUUUGCACCAUCUCCACGUCGAUCGCGGAAAUUGUGCUCCUCAAGAAAAAGUCCAUCCUAUCGCUCCGGACCGCGGGAACCUUCUUCCUCUCGUCGUUUCUCUCGACCGUGCUCGGCAUGGUCAUCGCGCUCGCCUACCGCAGUCGCUUCAUCGUGCACUGGCCCGACGACGGUGACGUCUCGUCGCCAAUCGUCGCUCUCCGGUGUGCCAACGGCCUGUACCUUGGGGCGCAGAGCAAUGGCACGGACGCCGGCGUGGCCUGCAUUGCUGCCAACGCAACCGUGGCGUCGGCGCACUUUAUCGCGUCGGACGUCAACCACGUGCUCGCGACGCGGGUCACCGCGCAGGCCGUGACGCUCACCGACCAAGUGAUUGGCAUCAUCAGCCUCAUGGUGCCCGACAACAUUUUCGAGUCGCUCGCCGACGGGUCGCUCCUCAGCAUCAUCAUGUUUGCCUUGCCCCUUGGCGUCGCGAUCGCGCGGUCGCAUGCCGGCGAGAUGGAAACAAACGUGCUCCUCAACAUUCUUCGGCAAGCGCGGAAUGCGCUCUUACUUUUGAUCAACGCCGUGCUGGCGACGACGCCCUUUGCCGUCGUCUUUUUGGUCGCCGGUGCCAUCUCGACGUACAACACGAGUGGUUCGACGAUCGUCUCGCAAGGUGGUUUCUUGAUCAUGGCCUUCUUCACGGGUGUACUGAGCCACACGCUGCUACUGAUGCCGUUCCUCUUCUUCCUCUUUACGCGCGCCAAUCCGUACUACUACAUGAAGCAGCUCGUGCCCGCCUACAUGUAUGCGUUCGGCUGCUCGUCGUCAAUGGCGACGUUGCCCGUGGCCGUGGCCGUCGUGCACCAGACGCGCCAAGUCUCGCGCUCGAUGGCGCAGCUCGUCAUGUAUCUCGGGACACCGGUGCACAUGAACGCCGCGGGCCUGUACUAUCCGCUCAUGACGAUCUUCCUCGCGGCCAUGUCGGGCGCCAACGACAAGGUCGGCACGCCGCAGCUGGUGGUGCUUUUCUUUGUCUCGCUCAUUGGCUCGAUGGGCACAGCACCCGUGCCCAACGCAGCGAUCGUCAUGCUCAUGACGGUCUGGAAGACGGUGCUGCCAACGACGCCGCUGCCGUCGUCGUUUGUGUAUGUUGUCGCCGGCGACUUUAUCUUUGAUCGGCUCUCGACCAUGACCAACGUGCACGGGAACAUGUUUGUCACGCGGAUUUUGGCCCAGCGCUACGACGACCCGGUCGAGGCGUGGUCGGACGAGACGAGCGAAGAUGCCCGUACACCAGUCCCGGGCGUUUAGCGAUCUUAUUUCCUAUUACUCGUCUUGCUUGUCGCGUCGUCGUCUAUUGUAAUCGUACCUAAUGCACUCUUUUGCCUAUGCAGCUACG